UCUGCUCGUCAGACCGCCUUAUGAUCUAUCCUGAUCAUCAGUCUCGUUAGCUUCCUCUUCGACGUUUCUCAGCCGUCCAUCCCCACUCCCGAUUGACACGGCAAGCGUCGGCAAUGGCAGGCGACAAUAGCAGCAGCGGUAGGGUUGGUCGGACCAGAGCACAGCAGCUCGAGAAAUUACAGGUGCGCGUCACAGCAGUAGCUCCAUCUGACCAACUCAUUUCCUCAGAUUCCCUAUUCAGAUUCCCUAUUCAGAUUCCCUAUUCAGAUUCCCUAUUCAGACUCCCUAGCCGAUCCCUUUCUCCGCGAACCGGCCUUCUCAUUCCCAAUCAGUCCACCCAUCCACGCCAUGUCCCCACCUUCUCUCCCUUUCACCCGCGCCCUGCCCUUUUUCGCUACCUUUUUCGUCGACCCAUCCACCCCACCCCUGGAACGAUUCGAUUGCAUCCCGACCAUCACUGUCUUUCCGCCUAGGACCUGUCGCGGCUCCGGCGGAGUCUCGCGGGAGCGAAGGGUGCCAAUUCGAAGCCCAGGGCUGAACCUGCAGACCCGGCAAUCCCAAGGGCGCCUGCAGACCCGGCAACUAGGAAGGGCAUGAGGCCGCGCAUGCAUCUGGCGGAGCCAUGGGGGGAGGUUGCAGGGGAUGACAGAGCAAGGGAGGGAAGAGCAGGGGAGGGCGGUACUGGGGAAGGCUGCAGUGAGAAGAGCAGGUCAGGCGCAGAGCACGGGAGGGGAGGUGUGUGUGCAGAUCGUGGCGGAUUUGAUUCGGGUGGGGGCAGCAGCAUGGCGCGAGAGAGUGAGGUCCCGGAGGUGAGGUGGAGGAGGGGCCAGGGGGGUGCGGAGCGGUGCUGUGAGGCGCAGGGGGUGGGGUUGGGUCUGCAAGGGGCGCAAGCAGUGAGAGGCGGAGGAGAGGGCAAACUGCCAUCGGCGGUAGCUGAGGCGAUGCGCGGAAGCAUAGGCAUAAGCGCAAGCGUGGGGCGGUUUGAAGGCACGCCUCAUGGCACGCUGGGAAGAGAGACAGAUCUCGACCGCAGGUUGGAGGCAGCCCUACGGCAGGGCGACCAUGCCGCGGCGCAGCGGCUGAACGACGCCCUCAUGAGGCGAGAGCACAUGCGCAGGCAGAGACAGGCAGAGUGGCACGUGCAGCUUGCUGCUAGCCUGGAGGAACAGGAUUUGAUGCGACACAAGAAGCGACAGCGAUUAAACUGGGGGAUGGAUGUGAUGCGCAAGUCAGAAAGGAAGGGAAACAUGUGAUGUAAAUAGCAAGUGGAGCAGCAUAUCGUAAAUUGAGUAUAAUUGUUUUUCCAGUUCUCAUAUUAGAAUAGUGGCUCAAAGCAGACAAGAAUCGGGAAGUGAAAUACUCGAUGCGGUUUCUUCGCACGUCCCAGUGACGAACAUCGCCAGCGGCUCUCAGCGAAAUGUGCCCGUUUUCUGGCG